AUGGCCGCGGCCACUGAUAAGGUGGUGGAGACCGUUAUGGUCGGAAACUACGUCGAAAUGGAGAGCUCAAGCGGCGGCAAACCAACCGGCGUAAAGUCCAAGGUUUCGAAGCUCUUCUGGCACGGCGGCUCGGCUUACGAUGCCUGGUUCAGCUGCGCUUCGAAUCAGGUGGCUCAGGUUCUGCUGACGUUGCCUUACUCGUUUUCUCAGCUGGGAAUGACGUCAGGAAUACUUUUCCAGCUGUUUUACGGCGUAAUGGGCAGCUGGACGGCGUACCUUAUCAGCAUUCUCUACGUUGAGUACAGAACCAGAAAAGAGAGGGAGAAAUUUGAUUUUAGAAAUCAUGUCAUUCAGUGGUUUGAGGUGCUUGAUGGGCUGCUUGGAAAGCACUGGAGGAACGUGGGUUUGGCUUUUAAUUGCACUUUUCUUCUGUUUGGAUCUGUAAUUCAGCUCAUUGCCUGUGCAAGCAAUAUAUAUUACAUAAAUGACAACUUGGACAAAAGGACAUGGACUUACAUAUUCGGAGCAUGCUGUGCUACAACAGUCUUCAUACCAUCUUUUCAUAAUUACAGAAUUUGGUCUUUUUUGGGUUUGAUUAUGACCACUUAUACAGCUUGGUACCUAACUAUUGCCUCCUUAUUACAUGGACAGGUGGAGGGUGUUAAGCAUUCGGGGCCAGCAAAGAUGGUUUUGUAUUUCACAGGGGCCACCAACAUUCUCUACACAUUUGGGGGACAUGCAGUUACAGUAGAGAUAAUGCACGCUAUGUGGAAACCCCAAAAGUUCAAAUCCAUAUAUUUGGUGGCCACUCUCUAUGUGUUGACUUUGACCUUACCUUCUGCAUCGGCUGUCUAUUGGGCUUUUGGCGAUUUACUCCUCAACCACUCCAAUGCUUUUUCUCUCCUCCCUAAGUCUCCUUUCAGGGACAUGGCCGUCAUUUUGAUGCUCAUUCAUCAAUUCAUAACAUUCGGAUUCGCGUGCACGCCAUUGUAUUUUGUGUGGGAGAAGGCGAUCGGCAUGCACGAGUGCCGGAGCAUGUGCAAACGGGCCGCGGCUCGAUUGCCGGUGGUGGUGCCAAUAUGGUUCCUAGCUAUAAUCUUCCCCUUUUUUGGACCCAUCAACUCGACCGUCGGCUCACUCCUCGUCAGCUUCACCGUGUACAUAAUCCCGGCUCUGGCAUACAUGUUCACCUUUCGAUCGGCCACGGCCCGCGAGAAUGCAGUGGAGCAACCACCAAAAUACUUUGGAAGAUGGGUUGGGGCAUAUGUGAUCAACAUAUUUGUAGUUGUUUGGGUUUUGAUAAUUGGGUUUGGGUUUGGUGGAUGGGCCAGCAUGACCAACUUUAUCCACCAAAUCGACACGUUUGGGCUUUUCACUAAAUGCUACCAAUGCCCACCUCAGCUGCCACCGCAUGUGGCCAAUGCCACCGGCCCACCGCCGCCUUUGGCCCUCAAUUUCACUCAUUCGCCGCCGCCGCAUGUUCACGGCCAUUGA